UGGGAAAAAGCGAUUGCUUUUAUUUGUUUUUUUCAAGCUGCUGAUGACAAGUAGGUAAUUUUUGAAUAAGAACAACAAAAGAAAUAUACCAACAACAUGACCAGUAGCAGUAUUUCAUCGCCGCCCAGCGAUGGAGCAGCGCUGCUCCAAGCGAGUGUUAGUCGCCGCUCUGCGCUGGACAUUAUGAUGCCGCCAGGGGGUGGAAGUUCCUGCUCAAACGCACAGUCCUCGUCCGCCGCAGCACCAUCUUCAAGCAGCUCUCUCCCUUCAAGCAGCUCUCUCCUACCCGACACGCAGCACGUGAUUUCGGACCGACAGGAAGCAUUGUGGGCGGACGCUAAGAUAGACGGACGUGCGGUGUUUUCCAAGCGAGAGAGCUACAAACUUCAUCGUAGGCGUCUUAUCGCCUUGCAGGCAGAUGUGGAAAGGAUUCGGGCAGUCGUUCGGUUGACUUUGAAGAACAGCUUGAUUAAGGAAAAAGAUUUUGGAUGCUUCACUGGAUGUUUUCCUGCUAGAUUCAUUCUGGAAAUCCAUGGUGAAUGCAAGAUUUCACGUUGAUAUAACACGAUGCAAGCGACUCCUUCACAGCGUCCCAAUAAUCUGCAACGAAUUUCUUCUAGUAAAUAUGCUUCCAUUCUUGAAAUGAAAACGAGAAAGAACGACCCUCUAACAUCACAGACACAACGAACAACGGUGUCGAUGGUACCAGUACUAGUACGAUGUCGUCUCAACUGUACAGAUAUUUUGGUGGAGAUGUCGGCGUUUUGUCCCAUGUAGCAGAGAACCUGGCUGAAAUCGGUCCUGCUGUUGGCUUCUUCGGCCAAAUAUAUGAUAGCGAUUUGCGUGGUGUCACGUCUCAUGUUGAACAACAGUGUGAUGGAGCUAGCAAGGCUGAUAACGUAAGUAUGAAUGGCGAUAACAAGAGUAAGCGUGAUCAAGAAGAAGUAGGUUCAAGUACAAGUUCUUCAGGUUCUUCAACCCCUACAAGCAGUAGUAGUACCUUCGCCAAGGUGCCCAAGUCCAGCAAGAACAACAACAUUCGACUUUUAUUGCGCAAAAGACCCCUACUCCCCGACGAAAUUCACGCUGCCGAAUGGGAUGUCGUUUCUAGACCUGAGCUUUCUACCUUGUUAGUUCACGAAGGCAGAGUUGCUUAUAAUGGACGGCGAUUACAACUGCAACUGUCUCAUCACACAGCUGAUGCGAUUCUGACAGGUGGGGAUCGUUUGAGAGGGGUGAUGGAUUUCUCAAACUACAACAGUGCUAGUAGUGGUUUGCUGUCUUCCAGUACACCUACAGGAACAUCAUCUCCAAUCUCCGAUUCCACCUGUGGACCGGCACAAGGCUCUCACACAAUCCUCUGCUAUGGACAAACAGGGACUGGCAAGACGUUCACAAUGCGGGAGAUCGUGGACGAAAUCUUGCAGGACUUGCAAAAUCAAAGCGAUACCAUUAUUACUAGCUCCUCCUGCGAAGAAGUACAAGUAGUAGAGAUUCAAUGUUUCGAACUACUGCACAAAGUCGCAUUUGACUUACUGGAUGGGAGAAAACAAGUGAAAAUCUUGGAGGAUGCGAGUAGGACGGUGCAUGUGAAAGCUAAGUGGGUUCGAUGUGCGAUGGGCAUGGGAGCCGACGUGAAAGCGAAAGACGGCUCUUCACCAGCCGGGGGUGAGAACAAUACAUCUUCAGCGGGGCAGUCUGCCUCUGAUGUUGAAGACGCUCGAACAACAAUCGACCACGCCUUAGCAUUACGCCUUUCGGAAGCAACCGAACGAAACGUGUGCUCCAGUCGCAGUCAUGCUUUCUUUAUGUUCCGGAUUGGAGGAAGGCUGAUUCGUGUGAUAGACCUAGCCGGUAGUGAACGCAACUUCGAGACCCAGGCAAUGACAGCAGCCCAACAUCGGCAGUCAGCGUUGAUUAAGGCCUACCCUAGUCCACCUUCGGAAGCAGUGAAGCAUCCUGUAACUGUUCCACAAGGGGAGAACAGCUCCAAGAUGGAUAUCGAGAUGGAUUUGGGUGAGUUCUAAUUUGAUCAAUAGUAGUCUGAUGACGUUGAAAACCUGUUUGCGAAUGCUGGCUUCUGCUUCUGCAGAGAAUCAUAGACGAAAAAUACCGUUCAGAGACUCGCGGUUGACACAUUUGCUGCAGGAUUGCUUCGUGGGGACCACAAGCAAAGCGAUUACUUCACAGGAAGCACCUCCUGAGGACGUAGCAGCAGUAGGUAGUUUACCUCAACAUAAACAAGAUCAAGAACAACCAUCUUCACAGAAGGAGACCUUUCCAACAUCAACUCGGAUGACAAUCAUAGCUACCGUCUCUCCUUGUGCUCGGGACGCCAUCCAUAGUAGGAAUACUCUGUCCCACGUCUGCGAUAUGGUUGGGCGUGCUUCUCCAUCCUGCGUCCUAGACUUGCCACUGGAACUGUUCUACCAUUAAGGCGAAUAUAAUUGUUUACAGGUUAGCGUUAGAAGUAAGUACUACAAAUUGCUGAAUAAUACGAGAGUCAAAGUAGUAGAUGUAACUGGAUUUUUCUCUCUAUGAUCUUCAAAUGUGAUCGAUGUACCACAGAAUUCGAUAUCCAGAUUACUACAAUGUUGUGGAGGAGGCUUUGAAAUAAACUAUAUAAUUACCGCAGAACCUCUAGAAGAAGAUCCAUCUACUCUUACUCCCUAGCCUCUAGUACAACCCUCCUAUCCCUAGCAUCUAGUACAGCCCUCCUAUCCCUAGCCUCUAGUGCAACCCUCUUCUAACAACAAGAGAUCAAUGUAUGUAAGGAAACUGGGAAAGCCAAGCCGAUCGAACUCUGGUCCGAGGAGGACGUGCAGAAAUGGCUAGGACAAGUGGCUGGUGGGCGGUUUGCGAGGAUCGUUCUACCGGAAAAGUUCAGAGACGGAAAAGGCUUGCUGUUUUUGACGGAAAUGGGAACGCAAGUUGCUCAUGGACGAGGUGGUUGUGUGGGGGCAGUGGGACGACAAGAGGAAGGUAGUUCAUCUUCGCAGGGAAGUGCUCAAGGACGAUUUUUUUCUACGACAAUAUCACAAGAAGGGUCUUCUACCUCUUCUUCCUCAUCGAAAAUCGACUAUCCUCCUGCUCAUCCUGAAGCACUAGGUGGUGGCGGAGAAGCAGGUUCUCCUUCAAGAGGACAAGAACUCGAAGGAGAUGAGGAGGAGACAGCUAGAAGUACUUCGAAUGCGAGUAGGAAUGAGUUGUUUGAGGUUUUUGCGAACGAUCAGAUGCGUCGGGCACGUGUUAAUGAAGAGGGAGCAUCAUGGAACAUUCAGGGGCCAGAGCAAAUGAACAAAAUCCUCGAAAUGUUUUGCGCUUUGGUCAGGGUAGAGGUAAAUCGAAGUGAAAAACUGAGAAGUCAUUAAGACGUAGAGAGGCAGCAGGAUUUACUUUAGCGCAGAAUGAGAAACAGUAGCAAAAACUCAUGAUUGCAUAGGAAAGCAGCCUGCAGGUGAACAUCGCGUGAAGAUCGG